GAAAUGACGGAAACUCCAAAGCAAAACCAAAAAACACCAUUGAUUUCAGUUAGCAAGAUAUCAGAGCUUUUUCAACACCUGGCUUCCCUCCUCUUCUCCAUCCGUCCCUCACACACUUCUAAAUUUGCUUUUCAUUUUUCGACCGUUCACACUUACUAACAGAGACAAAAUGACAACCCCUCACCCACUUAAACUUUUAUUAUGAACGAACCUCGUUCCCCGUCAUUAAAGAUUGGAAAUCUUCCCAAGUCCCAACUUCCCCUGCCCCCACUCCUAGCUAUAUUUCUCUCAUCUUUUGGCUCAAUGCACAAACUCCUCCUCUAAAAAUUUUAAAAAGGAAAAAAGGCUCCCUUGAAUGAACAUUGCACAAAUGUCAGUCUCAUCACUGCCAUGGAUGUACAUUUGGUCGCAAAACGCCAGACCCACUAAUCUCAUCCUCUUUGGUCAUAAUUACACUAACCUCCACCCACUCACCGAAAACUCCAUUUUUCAAUAUCACAAAAAGAGAGGAAAGAGUACAGACACACACAAAGAAAAAAGAGAGAGAAAAGGAAAGCAGAAGGCUUUUUACAGUAGCAGAAGCAGCAUUGGCUUGGAGGUGAUUAUGGCGAUGAUGGAGAUUACCGAGGCGUAUGGUGUGUUGGCAGAUGGAAAUGCAUCAUUUGUUGUAGGGGACAUGACCAACACUAACACUAGUCCUCCUAUGAAUAAUGUUGUUGGGGCUACUCCUCAAAGCACCAAAAGAAGUCGCAGCCAGAGGCGUAGGCGCUCUUCCCUCAACUUCGGCUCCCUGGAUUUUCCAUCCUUCCCUUCCCACGUGCCACCACCUCCUCCUCCUUUGCCCCUCGCACGUGCACUUGAACCAACAGGGUUCAGAUUUCUCUUUGACAAGCAGCUUCAUAACAGUGAUGUCAGCUCCCUGAGGAGAAUCGUUGUGCCCAAGAAAGCAGCUGAGGAAUAUCUUCCAGCUCUUGAGAUCAAGGAAGGGUUUCCCAUCACCAUGGAUGACAUGGACGGUAUCCAUGUUUGGACUUUCAGAUACAGGUAUUGGCCAAAUAACAGCAGCCGAAUGUAUGUGCUGGAAAAUACUGGUGACUUUGUCCAAAGACAUGGAUUGCGCCAAGGAGACUACUUUGCACUCCACUACAAUGAUCAAAAGCAGAUAUAUGGCAUUGAAGCAAGGAAAGCUGGAAGUGGAGCAGUAUUCCGUGGUUAUGAAGCGGAGGACAUGAUUUUAACUGAUUAUGGACAGGCUGCAGGUGAUGGGAAUCAGGUGCUUAUGAAUGAACCAGAAAUGGAUAUGUCCAGCUUUUACUUCCCUGCAAUGGACAAUGAGAUGGGCAUGUCCUUCAUUUAUGAUACCAGCUUCUGGAACGAGCCAGCCUUCGAUUUUGUAGGGGGUCCUACGACCUAUUACUCAACUAAUGUGUUCCCAAUGCCAAGCUUUGGAUCCAUUGAAGACAGCUUCUCUGUUGAUGAUUUCUAUUGAGGUCUGCACGGGCAUAGUGAAAUAGGGGGAUACAUACUACUAAUCCUGUGCAAACCUUGUAAUCUAAUGCAUACUCCUACCGUAAUGUUUUGAAGUAAAAAGCGGAUACUCCAGUUACUAGCACAAGGAACUUUACUAGUAAGUUAAGGUUUCUGUUUUUUGUUUUUCUGGUAAGGGCGGGCUGAGACUUCUUUGGUUGUUUUGUACUUUCUUUGGUUGAUGGCUUCUGUAGUGAAGUUGGGGUCAAAAACUCUUUACCGCCGUAAAUGUAAUAAGCUGGAGACUUUAGAAAUGGAAAAAUAUGAAAUAAGAAGGUGCAUAGUUCGGGCU